AUCGCGUGAGAACAACUUGACCCGAACACACGAGAAAAGGGAAACAUAGGUUAAAUAUAAUUUUUUAGGCAAUCUCCUUGUAUGCUUCCGCGGGUGCUUACCUCAAGGAUUUCUUUUGGUGUAAAUCAGCUGAGAAACUGUAGACUGUUACUCAAUCCACAUAUUUAUACUCGCAUAUUUUUGUCCUCGAUCAUCAAUUCGACUGGGAUGGCUUCGAAUGAUUCGUAUUCUGCUGACGAAAAAUUCAAUUUGAUCACCAGAAAUUUACAGGAAGUUAUCGGUGAGGAUCGCUUAAAAACAAUUUUACAAGAGAAAAAUUUAUCUUUGUACUGGGGAACAGCUACAACAGGAAAACCACAUGUUGCAUACUUUGUACCAAUGACAAAAAUAGCUGACUUCCUCAAGGCAGGCUGUGAGGUGACAGUACUUUUAGCUGACCUUCAUGCAUAUUUGGAUAAUCUGAAAGCACCUUGGGAACUGUUAGCCCACAGAGUCAAGUAUUACGAAGAAGUGAUUAAGGCAAUGCUAGAGUCAAUCAAUGUCCCCCUGGAUAAAUUAAAGUUUGUGCGAGGAACAGAGUAUCAGCUGGACAGAGCCUAUGUCCUGGACAUAUUUAAACUUUCCACUGUUGCCACUGAGCAUGAUGCAAAGAAAGCUGGUUCAGAGGUUGUUAAGCAAGUCCAACAUCCUCUUUUGAGUGGUCUAUUGUACCCUGGACUUCAGGCUCUUGAUGAAGAAUACCUCAAAGUAGAUGCACAGUUUGGAGGUGUCGAUCAGCGCAAAAUAUUCACAUUUGCAGAAAAGUAUCUUCCCUCUUUAGGUUAUGCCAAGAGAAUUCAUCUUAUGAACCCAAUGGUGCCCGGUCUCACUGGUACCAAGAUGAGCGCAUCAGAUGAGGAUUCAAAAAUUGAUCUUCUGGAUGGUGCUUCAGUUGUUAAGAAAAAGCUAAAUAAGGCAUUCUGUGAAGAAGGAAACAUUGAGGAGAAUGGUAUUCUUGCAUUUGCCAAGUUUGUGAUCUUCUCGGUGUUGGAAAUAAAGAAUAAAACAGAAUUUGUGAUAGAAAGAGCUGAAGAAAAUGGAGGAAGAAUUGCAUUUAGAAAUUAUGCAUCACUUGAGGAAACAUUUGCCAGAAAGGAACUACAUCCACUUGAUCUGAAAAUGGGAGUUACAGCUUUUUUGAAUGAGCUUCUUGAUCCCAUAAGAAAGAAGUUCCAAACUCCUGAACUACAGAAGCUGAUGAAACAAGCAUACCCUGCUCCAAAGAAAGCAAAGGGUGGAAAAGGUGGAGCAAAUGCCACUCCUGAGAGAGCUGUUGAUCCUUCAAGGUUGGAUUUAAGAAUUGGAAAAAUUUUGUCAGCAAAGAAACAUCCUGAUGCAGAUUCCCUGUACUUAGAAGAAAUUGACAUUGGAGAAGAAAAGCCUAGAACUGUUGUAAGUGGUUUGGCAGAGUAUGUUCCAUUGGAGGAACUUCAAGACAGACUUGUUGUAUUGAUGUGCAACUUAAAACCUGUUAACAUGAGAGGCGUCACGUCAGAAGCGAUGCUCAUGGCGGCAUCUGUAACAGGUACUGAUGGUAAAAGACAAGUGAUUCCUCUAAACCCGCCAGCUGAAUGCAAGCCUGGUGACAGAGUCGUGGUGAAAGGCUACGAACAUGAAACUGCCGGAGAGCCAGAUGAACAACUGAAUCCCAAGAAGAAGAUUUUUGAAGCCUUAAAGUCUGACCUUUGUACCUCUGACGAUGGUGUCGCUGAGUACAAGGGAAGUCCAUUGAUGACAGCCGCUGGCCAAGUUACUUCAAGUCUCAAGAACGCACAGAUCAGUUAACGAUCGAAACUUGGGAACUUAAUGAAAUCGUAAAAUUGUUGUCACGCUGCUCAUGCUAGACUGAUAUGUCGUCAAAAUUCAAAUGUGGUCCUGUAGUGUAGUAGCAAAUUUAUAUUUAUUGGUAAUUUAACCAGCUUUUACAUCAUGUUUAAAAUGGAAGUAAAACCGCUACCAAAGACUGUC